GUUGCUGUUUAGCUAUCUUGUUCAUGAGUUAAAACACCUGAAUUAAAUAUUAGGUUCAAAGUUUUGGCAAUGCCAUUGAUAAAAUUAAAGCAUGUUGUGUCCUUUAGCAGUGAGGAUACUUCACAUCCGACUUCAAAUUUGCUGAAACCAGAGAAUUAUAGGAAGUGGAGAUGUGCAGAACCAGGAGGAAAACAAGCUGUCGUCGUGUUAGAGUUUGAGAAAGCAACCAAAAUCCAUAGCAUUGAUAUUGGUAACAAUGGCUCAGCUCUUAUUGAAGUCUUGGUUGGAAGAUCAUCAGAUUCAAGUGAAAAUUUUAAGGUUAUACUAGUGACGUCUUCCUUUAUGACUCCCGCAGAAAGCAAAUCAUUUACUAGCACCAACAGAGUAAGGAUGUUUGGACCAGACAAGUUGUCUAAACCAGUUGCAGAUGAAAAGUGGGAUAGAGUCAAGGUAGUUUGCACUCAACCAUUCAAUAAGCAUGAACGAUAUGGUCUGUCAUUCGUGUCACUCCAUUCUCCACCAGAAGACUCGGCAGCAAAAGACGACAAGGAUGCUAUUCCUACUCCAAAGAGGUUAGGAAGUUUUACUUUACGAGAUGAAGAAGAAGAUGCUAUUACUCCAGGAAGUUUGUUCUUAAAAAAGAAAAUGGCCAGCCCUCCUGCAGCAUCAACUGCUGCAUUAGUCCGUGAUGCUUCAACCAGUUCGUCCAAUGAGAAGACAUCAGUGGGAGAUACUUUCAGGAAUAGGCAACCAGUUGCCAGUAAACUAAAGGAAGAGAAGGAACCCACACCAGUUAAACAGGAUCCAAAACCAGUCAAACAGGAUUCAAAACCAGUCAAGCCUGAUAGACCUGCUAAGCCUGUCACACCUGUAACCAAAGAUACCACAAAAAGAAAACAUGACACUACUUCAGAAGAAAAACCAUCAAAGUCUGCCUCAUCUAGCAGAAGUACACCACCUCAAAAGAGAAAAAAAACAUCAACUCAGCCUUCGGCUAAUGUUCCUUUCAAUCAAAUGUUGAAAGGCGUUGUUUUUGUACUGAGUGGUUUCAAAAACCCCAAAAGAGGUGAUCUUAGAGACAAAGCCCUAGAAAUGGGAGCACAGUAUAAACCAGACUGGAUGUCAGGCUGUACUCACUUGAUAUGUGCCUUUUCAAAUACUCCAAAAUACAAUCAAGUCAAAGGAAAAGGAAAAAUUGUGACUGAAAAAUGGAUUAAUGAAUGCUACAGAAAGAAAAGGAAGUUGCCAACUAGAAACUUUCAUCUUCCUGGAGAUACAAGCUCAACAGAAGAGAGUACUGAGGAAGAAGAGGAAGAAGUGGAAGAACAAAAAGAGCCAUCAACGUCACACAAAAAACAACACUCAUCUCCACCUACUAAAGAUGAGUCCAAGUCUGAUAACGUGUCCCGGAAUUCUCCUUCUGAAGAACCAAAGUCUACUGAAGAUAAUAAAAAGAACCAAAUAGGAGGACCAUCCAUUCCAAAAAAGAAAGGUAUUGUCUUUGAUGAAUCUACUGAUGAUGAAAAGGAAAAGGAAGAUUUACCAACAAAAGAAGAAAGCGCCAGUGACCAGGACACUGAAGAUGAACUGGAAAAGAUCCAUCAAACUGAAAGAAAAGAGAACAGCUGUGAUGAAAAUGAUGAUGAUGAUGAUGAUGAUAUUUAUGAUAAGUCAACUGAGGAUGAAGAAGAAGAAGAAGAAGAUGUUAAAAGUGGUCCAGAGUCUGGCUCUGAGGGGCUACCCGAACUCCCUGACUUCCUUUCCCACAAGCACUUCUUGUUGUACGGAGAAAUGGAUCAGCCAACAAGACGAUCUCUUAUACGUUAUAUAACGGCUUAUAAUGGCAUUUUAGAAGAGUAUAUGAAUGACACAGUAGACUUUGUUGUAACUGAUGAAAAGUGGGACCAAAAUUUUGAGGAUGCACUCAGUGAAAACGCCUCGCUGGCUUUUGUUCGACCCAAGUGGAUCUUCACAUGCCAUGAGAAGUUAAAACUGGUUCCAUUCCAGCCUUAUAUUAUCACGCCGUCGUAAAACUCACUAGUUGUUUUAGAACUCUGUACCUGUUGAGACUGUUCUGCACUUCUGCAAGUUGCAAUAAUUUUCUGUGCGUUACGCGCUGCAACUGCAUUUUUUUCUAAAUCCGGAACAGUUUUUUCUCGCGAGAUAAUUUUGAUCAAAAAUAACAUCACACACAAAACGCCUUUUGUAUUUCCACCUCCGUACAGGCACUUCAACUAACAAGGCGUCAACUGAAUGCAAUAGUAUUACACAGAUACACCUCAUGUUCAUACUUCUAACUGUCUAACACGAUUCAUUCGGAUUUGCGCUUUUUAACACUUUAGAAACAAAAAGAAAAACACAUUUAUAUCAAUAUAGUCACGAAACGAGAAAAAUACCUGUGAGAAACUGUGAGUAAACUGGAAUAAUGAUGUUCUUAUUGUUCAUACUUAUUAGACAGUCAAGUUGAAAAUAAUAAUAAUUAUAAAAGGUAGGGGAGAAGACACGUGAAAGUCUUUGUAAUGCGUCAUGGCAUUCAAAUGGCUUCCGACUGGAAUGUAAGCGUGGUUGUUGAACUACAGCGCUACCCCUUGGAGUAGGGUUGUAGUAGAAAGACUUAAUAAAAAUCUUGGGGUAGAUAGGGCUUUACGGGUGAAAGUCUUUGUGAUGCACCUUGGCAUUCAAAUGGCUUCCGUUUGGAAUGUAAGCGUGGUUGUUGCACUACAGCGCUACCUCUUGGAGUAGGGGUGUAGUAGAAAUACUUUACUGAAAAUCUUGGGGUAGAUAGGGCUUUACGGAUGAAAUUCUUUGUGAUGCGCCUUGGCAUUUAAAUGGCUUCCGACUGGAAUGUAAGCGUGGUUGUUGAACUAAAACGCUAACCUCUUGAAGUUGGAGUGUAAUGGAAAAACGUUACUGAAAAACCUUGGGGUAGCUGGGCAUUUAAAUGAUGCGCCUUGGCAUUUAAAUAAGUAAGACAACUAAAAAUCUUAGUUGUGUUCUUGUUGACUUGAGCUACUGCAUACAGCAUCGCUUCUAGUCGAUGUAUCCCUCUCUCGCUAUCCAGUUCACCGCAUGACUGACCGAAUAUGGUAUUGGGAAAAAGCCCGCCAAGUGUGAUGUCAGCAAGCUUGUAAUCUACAUUUUUAUUGUAAAGUAAAGGUGCUCGCAUCAUAGACAA